GCCAAACUUGAAUUGCAUUGCAAAAUGUCGGAUUUCUCCGAGGAUGACUUCGACCUAGAGAGCGACGACGACGACUUUGAACCGACCUCGCCGGUCCCGCCGCCAGUGAGAAACAGCACGCGGACUCCUACGACCAAGAAGCGCGUGAAGAAGGAUGAGAGCGACGAGUACGACUCGAACGACAGCGAGUUGGAGCCCGUGAAGAAGACGCCAAAGGCGACACCUAAGGCUACCCCCAAGGCAAAAGCUCAGGUUGAGGUGUCGAAGCCAGCUGAAGCCAAAGUGAAGGAAACGAAGGGAAAGGAAGUGAAGCCGAAGGACACUGCGACUGCCAAGGACGAAAAGCCCAAGGAGACGUUGAACCAGGCCGAAGCGAGCGAAGAAGUUGCCAAGUACCUUCGUCAGACCAAUCGACCGUACAGUGUGUUGAACGUGUUUGAAAACCUGCAUCGACGCAUCGGGAAGACCAUUUUGCAGAAGAUCUUGGACGCACUGGCGGAACGGGGCGAAAUCAACGUCAAAACGUAUGGCAAGAGCCAGAUCUACUACUACAACCAGUCCAAACUUCCUCGCCCUUCGGCCGACAGCUUAGCUCAGACGGAGGACCAUAUUCGAACGGUGCUGGACGAAGUGGCGGCGCUCGAGAAGGCCGCGAAAGACCAAGAGGCCAUCUUACAAGGGUUAACAAGCCAAAUGUCCGACGCAGACUUGGAUGCGGCUCUGCAGACGUUGGAAACCCAAAACCAACUACUUCAAGUGAAACUGCAACAAGUGGACAAGCAGCCGGUGGUGGCGGUCGACCCGGGAGCCAAGGAAGCGUUGACCAAGUCCUUUACCAAGUACCGGACGGAAUGGGUCAAGCGAAAGCGCAUCGUCAUGGACGCCAUCGACCAAAUCGCCGACGGAAUGGAGAAGAAGCGCAAAGAUGUGACCUUUGCGGUGUCGAAUCCGACGAGAGCGCUGGAAUCAAGGACCUUCCCGUGUUGCCUUAAUAUCAUGAUUUCGGGGUUUAGGGGUUUCAGUAAAAACGGUGAAGCCCAGCACACUAUUUGAAGUCACGUCGAAUCCGACGAGAGCGCUGGAAUCAAGGACCUUCCCGUGUUGCUUUAAUAUAUUGAGACUAUAUUGUGCGUUGAGCC